AUGGCUUUCGAACAACAUUUAGCUCCAUCAGGUGAUUUGCUUGUUUUCAUUUCACCACAAAUUCUGGAUUUUGUCGUGGAUGCGCCUGACACACACAAACAGAUUUUUACAAUGAUAAAUCCUUAUGAUUUUCAGAUUAAGUACAAAGUGCUUUCAACAGCUCCAGAUGCGAUUGCUGUUAUGGAGCCUGAAGGUGUUAUUAAUGGUCGAUCUAACCGAUAUAUCAUUAUUAAAUAUGAGCCAGCAAGAAAACCUAAAGCAAAUUCGGUUGAAAGGCUACGAAUUUUAGUGUGCAAAUCAGAAAAUAACAGUGUUAAUAUGCAUGGGCACACUGAUAUAAAAAUGCGAUUUUUGGAUAUAAAAUCUUCUGCGGAAUGCAGACGUCGUAAAGAGCUAAAGCAACAAGAUUUUCAUGAAUGUUCUGGCACUACUCAAAAUUCGGAAAUUUUUAAUCCAUCACUCAUUGGACAAUCUAAUUUUCAGAUGCCCAUUAAACUCUAA